UUGAUUCUGACCUCUGGCUCUCAUCACGUUGAACACUACGUUCUCUCUCUCUCUCUCUCAGACUCUGUCCAGGUUCGAUUCUGACCUCUAGCUCUCAUCACGUUGAACACUACGUUCUCUCUCUCUCUCUCAGACUCUGUCCAGGUUCGAUUCUGACCUCUGGCUCUCAUCACGUUGAACACUACGUUCUCUCUCUCUCUCUCAGACUCUGUCCCGUCUCUCUGAAGUCAAAACCUUUUAGUCUAAAGAAAAUACGACUCAAGAAUCUGCUUAUGUUUUACAGAAAUAAUCUCCUCUAGACAUGAGGAUGAGCCCGGACACCGAGGAGUCUCUCAGGUGUUCAGCGUCGUCCUGCAGCUGUUUGAGCUUCAAAGCAGGAAGUGUCCAGCUCAGGUCGUGUGGUAUCUGUGGACACAGCUGGGUGGCUCACGCCUGUCAGAAGCUCCAGCAUCAGACCCGGCCGCCCCUCCAGCUGUGGCCCAGUGGAGGUGGCUCUUCCUGGGCUGUGUUGGACCUGAGCUCCCUGGUCUUAUAUGGAGCUCAGGCCGUCCCUGUUCGCUUAAAGAUUCUUCUGGACCGCCUCUAUAGCGUGCUGACUCCAGAGCAGGUGGAGCACAUCCUGCACACACUGGGCUGGAGUCUGGGGGAUUACGUUAGAGGAUACAUGCUGCAGUUCCCCGUUGGGAAGGUGUUGGACCACUGGUUGAUGGUGACUCAGGAGGAGGAGCUGCUGAUCCUCAGACAGUUCCUUCGCUUUGGUGAGACCCGCCCCAUCGUCGAGUUAAUGACCCUUCACUUCCUGGAACCUGCAACCAACUUCUCUAACAGUGAGCCCAAGCCCGUCCCAAAGAGCGGCCGGGUGAACAUCGGCACCUUCAUUGGACGAGACGCUGGACCUGCAGGAGAGAAGAACAGAAGAGGGUCUUCAGGUUCAGGAGCAGACGUCUGUCACUUCAAGAAAAACAACCAGACUGACCACCAGAACGUUCCAGACAGACUCUCUCUGCUCCUGCCGUUCCACUUUCCAAACUCCAGCUUCCACCUUCCCACCAAGGACCUCGAUCCUCAAAAUAAAGUUACAUUUCUAUGGAAGUCGAGCGACUCCAAACUGUCUGAAAGAAACAACCAGGAGGGAAGAAGAGAAGAAGAGAAACAUCAGAUCAUAAAGAUCAAAUCUGACCCUGACAAGCCGAACCUCUCCCGAUCAGCAGGACAUCAGAAACCCUGGUUCCAAACUGACAAGGACCUUCAGAGGAGCAUCUCCAAACCGGAGACCACCUCGUCCCCCUCCCCUUCCAAAGACUCCUCCUUCUUCUCUGUCUCCUCCCCCAAGUUUACCCAGAAGUACCCGGGCUCCUCCUCCCUCAGUCCUCUACCCUCCUUCUCUUCCUCCUUCCUCUGCUCUCUUCCUACCUCCUCCUUCUCUCCUUCCCUCCAUCCUCCCCCCUCUCCCCUCUGCACCCUCCCUUCUCUCUCGCCUGCAGGAAGUAGAAAGGGGAGGGUCUGCUGUGGCGUUUGUGGGAAAAGCUUCUACGACAAAGGAACCCUGAAGAUCCACUACAACGCGGUCCACUUGAAGAUCAAACAUCGCUGCACGGUGGCGGGCUGCACCAUGGUGUUCAGCUCGCUGCGAAGCCGGAACCGACACAGCGCCAACCCGAACCCUCGGUUACACACGGGGACCGGAAGAGACGCUAACGCCAUCAGAAACAUCAACAACGAGACACGCUCGAGCACGCUCUCUGACUCACUGACGCACAGAGACACAAACACACAAACCUGCAGGAAAACAGAGACCAGCAACGACCUCUGGAAGCGUGACGACGCCCACUCGCUCAGAGAGGAAGUGAAACAUGGUUCAAACCCCCGACAAGACGAUGUACGACCUCGUUCCAGAGCCCCUCCCCCUCCCCCUCAGACCCCUUCCACCAACAGCUUCACCCUGAUCGACUCCACCAACAGAUCUUACCCACACACCCAGGCUCCGCCCCCUCCUCCACUCCUCCCAGGUCAUGUAGCCUCCUCCCUCUCCCCCCUGGUGUCACCGGUGUUUCUCCUUCACCACAACAAGUGUCCUGCCUCCCUCCCUGACCUCACCUCCAUCACCCGUAAACCUGCAUCGCUUCACGACGGCGACCCAGAAGAAAAACAAAACAAGCUGACCAAUGAGCAGCGGCGGUGGGCUUCAGGUGACCUCCUCCCAAAGAAGAAGCCGAGGAAGUCGAGCAUGCCGGUUAAAAUAGAAAGAGAGAGAAACAAAGAAGAAAAAGAAUCCUGAAGAUCUGCAGCGUUCAGAGAGAAACUUGUUUUCAAAGAGACUCAUUCUGAUUCGUCCUGACUGUAAUCCACGUUAACUUUACUAAAUGAUUGAUUCAGAAGUUAAACACAGAUAUAGAACAUGUACGUUGUUUUAAUCACUGAGGCUCUAUAAAAAUAUAUUCAAGUUUCCAAACCUUAUCAGUAAAAACAUUUUUGAAAUGUUAGAUAAAAAGUCUGAUCUGUAUAAUGUGUAUGCUGCUCCUGUGCAGCGGCUCCCCCUUGUGUUCACACUCUGUAACUGCAAUACAAACUAUCAUCACAUCCUGUCUUUAUAUCAUUCUUAUAUUUACCAACCUGGGGUUUGAAAUGCUGGACUCUAGGAUGGGAAAGAAGAACAUGUAGUAAUCAUCAAAGUAAACAUUUUAAACCUCCUU